CAAGUGGCCGGGAUGCAAAGUUCGAGUGGAAAGAUUGUGCACGCGCCUUCCAUGUUGCUGCAGAAACCUAUCUAUACAUGCCGAACCACCACCAGAUGCUAGUUCCAUUGCUUGCUCAGCAGGGCUGCAGAGCAGAGUGCUAGCAAGGAAGGCAAUUGGUCUCCGUUCCUGCCUGCCUACUGACAAAUGGGUGAUUCCCAUGCCGUGGACAUCGAGUUGCUGGCCCGGCAGCUCAGGGAGGAGCUGGCCGACGCGGCCGCGCCGGCGCCGCGGCUCGCCAGCGGCUGCCCCAUCGUCAUCGCCGAGGUCGGCGAGCCCACCCGCAACGUCGACCCGGAGGAGUACGCCCCGCAACACGUCUCCAUCGGCCCCUACCACCGCAUCAGAAACCCGCACCUCGCCAGGGACGACGAGAAGAUCAGGACCCUCGACGACGUCAUGUCGGCGGCGACCGCUGGCGCGACGCUGGAGCUGGAGGACUACCUCGGCGAGGUCGCGCGCCUCGAGGACAGGGCCAGGAGCUGCUACGCCCACACGUUCGAGCGGCAGAUGCACAGCGCGGCGUUCGUGCGCAUGCUGCUGCUCGACGCCUGCUACGUGCUCGUCCGGUUCGGCCGCGUCGCCGAGGCAGCUGGACGCCGCGGGAACGGUGGCGGCGGCGCUCCCGGGGCCGAUGGGCACGUCCAGGGAGGGCCGCACCGGCACUGCCGCAGCCGCACCGAAGCGCCGUCGGUGGGCGGCGACAUGAUGGAGGCCGUCGCGGUGGUGCGCGACGUGCUAUAUCUCGCGGAGAAUCAGAUACCGUUCUUCGUCGUGGACACGAUCCACCGGCUCGCCGUUCCGGACGCCGGCGUCUCCGCGGCGGACGCGAUCGCGGGGUACGUCCGGGAGCUCCUGCAGGGGCAGCAGUACUCGGUGGCCACGCCGGCGGCGGCCGAGCCAGGCAACCUCCUGCACCUGCUGCACGUGCACUUCACGCCCACCGCGCUGUCGCCACCCACUGCCGGCGGCAAGGUCACCGGCGGCAGGCGUCCGGUGGGGCGGUGGCGCACGGCGACGGAGUACCACUGCGCCGGCGUGGGGUUCAGGGCCCGGCCCCUCGGCGGCAAGGGCGGCGCCUGCUCGAUCCUCGACGUGAAGCUGGACAGCCGCGGCGGCGCGCUGGAGAUCCCGCGCCUGAACGUCGACGCCGAGACGUGGCGGCUGCUGCGCAACCUGAUGGCGCUGGAGCAGAGCAACCCGGCGGUGGCGGGGAGCCGCGUGACGGCGUACUGCGUCUUCGUGUCGCAGCUGGCGUGCACGCCGCGGGACGUGGAGCUCCUGUCCAAGCGCGGGAUCAUCUCGCACGGGCUCGGCGGCCACAGCGAGGUCGCCGAGCGCCUCGCCUGGCUCUGCAGGGGCGUCGCGUUCGGGGCCGACGACCCCGCCGGCAACUACCUGUACGUGAAGUGGCAGGCGCUGGAGGGGCGGUUCCAGAGCCGGCCGCGGCGGUGGGCGGCGUGGCUGAUGCUCAAGUAUUUCAGCAACCCGUGGCUCGCCGUCGGGCUCGCGGCGGCGGCCCUGGGGCUGGUUUGCACGGUGGUGCAAGCGGUGUACUCUGUUUUGAGCUACACACCAGGGGGCACGUAGGAAUUCAGUGACAAGUGACCACCAUGUACAGCUGUGCGGUGUGCCCACGACAAGUCAAUAUAGGUGUGUCUAGUACAUCUUGCUUGUCCUUUUUUUCCCUACUCUUUUACAUGAAAAAAAAGUUUGUUAUUAGUAAUAGUAAAUAAUGUUCAAUGGAGAGAUCAUCGGUACCCUCCAAGAUUCUAUAGACGACGAUGUCGGUGUUUAACCGGCUGCCCACCGAGGGAUAUACCCAAGGUGGUAAGUUUUGGGUGAGGAGACGCCGAGAUUAGGAAUUCGAAGG